CUUCAAGUACCCUGAGUCCCGCCCCCUCGCGGUAGGGAGCGGGAAGGAUGGACUCUGUGAGCCGCUCCUGGCUGCUGCUGGCGGCCUUCUUCCUCCUCUACGUGGUCUACCUGCUGUUCGGGGCGCUGGUCUUCUCCAGCAUCGAGCGGCCGCUGGAGUACCAGCUGCGGCGGGACACGGAGGCCCUGAAGCGGGACUUCCUGAACCAGAGCUGCGUCAGCACCGACUCUCUGGACCGCUUUCUGCGCAAAGUGCUCGGCGCCAACAAGUACGGCGUGUCGGUGCUGACCAACGCCACCGCCGCCUCCAACUGGGACCUGGUUUCUGCCAUGUUCUUCUCCAACACGCUGGUCACCACCAUCGGUUAUGGGUACGCAACUCCUCUGUCCGAAACAGGUAAAGCUUUUGCCAUCGUCUACGCCUUGAUAGGCGUCCCCUUCACCAUGCUGGUGCUGACUGCCUGUGUCCAGCGGCUCAUGAGCCCUCUGGUUGUUGCUCCGGUCAGAGUCCUGGAGCGUUUGGGGAUGGAGUCUCGGCGAGCCACUGCUCUCCACUUUUUCUUGCUCCUGGUUUUGGUCGUGUUGUUCUUCUUCGUUGUACCGGCUGCAGUAUUCAGUAAGGUGGAAUUGCCGUGGUCAUUCUUCGACGGGAUCUACUUCUGUUUCAUCUCGCUGUGUACCAUUGGACUGGGGGACUUUGUGCCGGGUACACAGCCACGGCAAAAGUACAAGUCGCUGUACCAGGUCGCCAUUAUGGUUUACCUGUUUUUGGGUCUGAUGAUGAUGUACCUCCUGCUGCGCUCCUUCCACAAGAUGUCUGACCUGCACGGCCUGACGUCCUUCCUGCAGCUUCCGCACUGUGAGGACACAGAGCUGGAUGAGGACAGGAAGGCCAUCGUGGAUGACCAGACACCACCACCUGUGACUGAAACGCCUUUGAACAACCACCUGCAGCCGACAUACAACAGCAUCAGUAAAGGCUGAAGCUCUGCGUGUCAUAAAGACCACCUGUGGUGCGCGGAGUCUGAAACAGUUCCACAGCUCUGUUUGAAACAUCCAGUUCAGGAUUUUGAUGUUUGAGUUUCUGUAACAAAUGCGGAAGUGUUGAGCUUUUUCUGGAAAUGAACAAACUAGGUCACAGGUGAAGUUGGUUCCUAAACACGGGUGUGACUGCUGCUGUUAGAACCUCGUGGCCUCCCAGAACCAGUUCACACCACACGGUCUGGGUUUGAUGGUUUCACACAUUUGUUGGCUCAGGUGUCACAAACAGACCAGCUGCUCAUCACUUUCUUGUUCUGUGGGUUUCAUAGGUGCACACGUGUUCAGAGAACAUCCAACCGUGGCAGGACGCUGACACAGGUUUGUGGUUUGGUGUGAAUUUAACAGGUGAAACCAUCAGUGUGUUCUCGGUCAGUCAAUUUCACAAGAAGCUGUUUAGUUCAUGUCAGUUUUAAAUGAUCCGGUGCUGCUCUCUGCUGUUUACUUGAGUAUAGUGCACCUCCAAAAAUUAAGAUGAGUUUUAAUGUCAUUACUGAGACUAUAACUGGUUUCACUGAUUAAAAUUAAAGGUAAAUCUGAUGUUGUUACUCUUGUACUUAAAUGUGACAUUUUGUGGAACUGAGUAAAUGUUGUGAUGCUGUAACACUGUGUUCUGUCCAAGUUUUCAUGUUUAAAUGAGUUAUAAACUACUAGGAAAAUGUUUGAAAGUGUUUCCCAACAC